CUCAGGCCACCUUACCUUACGAUAAUCUCCUCCCUCUAAUCCACCAUGCAUUGCAUUUUCAAGCUCGCUGCAUUUGCGCUCGCUGGCCUCUCCGCUGUCUCUGCAUUUUCCGGUCAUGGCACCCAGCCGCACUGCAACAUCUCCUCUAUCGUCCUCGCAAACUCCCUCGUCACGGACAGCAAUGGUCUCCAAAACCUGACUGUUCUUGUCCCGCCGUCUAAUGCCUCCCUCAUCCAAGUCACCAUCGGGUUCGGCACUCAAAAUUAUAGCUGCCAAAGUGGCAAAUACGUCAACGUCGGUGCCCUUGCACAAGUAUUCGACAUCUCCUGUAUCGAGAACCUCUCCGUCAUCUCCUCCCUCCUCUCUUCAGGCAUAAACGAGCUCGAACUCGCACUGCCAAGUGUAGGCCCCUUCGCCGCAAAGCUAGCAACGAUGGGUGGUUUCAAGCUCGCCGACCACUACUUUGACACGUCCUCGGGCUCCCUUGCACCGGUGUUCAACUUCGCCGUCUCAAAGGGUGGGUUCGCAAUCGGCAAGAAGCUGCAGGAUCUUCCUGCUCCUGUUAACCCCCAGACUAAUGUUGACUGGCUCCAGCUUCAGGCUGUGGCUGGAGAUGCAGCAAAGUUCCUUGUACGCGAGCAGACUGCUGGUGGUCAGCCCCCAGCCACUUGCGCGACGGAGGGCAAGAACCUCGAGGUGCCGUACGCUGCUAAGUACUGGUUCUUUGGGUAGAGUCGGACAAACCUUUUGCCUUCUCUUAUAACAUGGACAAUAGCAUUUGAUAACAUUGUUCUUGUUUGAUACCACACACAAUGUAAUUUUGGUUAC